AUGGCUACUAAGCUCCAAACAAGCACCGCCGUUCCGGCACUACCAGAGAAGACGGGUGUAGUCGAAGUACAAGAGCUUGGGAAAGUGAACAAGCCUACGUUGCUUGUAAUAUACGGUCAGGGACAGGAAGAGAUCGUCAGUGUGAUCGCGGAUGUCUUGGGUCAGCCAUGGAUACUCGUCCAGACUCUCGAGGAGGCGGAGGCCGUCGCGGAAGAAAUAAUCGCAGGCAUCCUCGACACCAGUGCAGCUCCCGGUCUGGAGGGUAGAAGUCGAACCGGCUCGAGGCUGGUGAUAAACACACACUGUGUAGACGGAGAUCAGGAGCUGAACGAAGUCGUGAGCUCAUACUGCGACCAUGAGUAUCUAUAUACCCAAUCGCCGUUCUAUCGUAGAGAUGUUGCGCGUUUCUUUGCCUUCAUACUUGGACAGAGCUAUCACUACGAAAACCUGGCGAAGAAAGCAAAGACUACGCUUUUGUCGAUGACUUUUCCAGACGUCCGUACGGCGUUACCGAACCUCGACAUACUGUCAGUCGGGGCUGACGUCGUGGAGCUGCGCGUGGAUCUGUUAAAGGAACCGCUCGCGGACGGAUCAUUCAGCCCUGUUCCAAGCCUCAAGUACGUUGGCGAACAGUUCAUGAUUUUGCGUCAGCGAACAGAACUGCCGAUAAUCUUCACGACAAGGUGCACGAACGAGAACGGGAGAUUCCCUAUGGACAAUCCCGACCUCUUCUUCACCUAUCUCUACAAGGCCAUGCAGUGGGGCUGCGAGUACAUCGAUGUUGAGCUUUGGUUACCCGAGCACAUCCGGCAGCGCUUGGCUGAGAGGAAAGGGCACAGCAAGAUCAUAUCCGCAUUUCACGAUUUUUCCGGAAACUUCAAGUGGACGUCUCCUCAGGCGCAAGAGCUGUUUACGAAGGGCGCCGUCUAUGGAGAUGUUGUCAAGAUGAUUGCCUUGAUUCACAACAUGCAGGACAACUACGAACUCGAGUACUUCAGGUCGACUAUACAGUCGCAACACAGCCAUCCACCGCUCUCGGGACUUAACAUGGGUCCUGUCGGACAGCUCUCACGAGCGCUGAACAAGGUUUUCACACCCGUCACUCAUCCUCUGCUUCCGAUGAUUGCCGCUCCUGGCCAACUGAGCGCUGCCGAGAUCAACUCCGCACUCCACAGCAUGGGUCAGAUGCCGAAGCUAGACUUCUACGGCAUUGGGAGCUUCCGCUCGACUACGCAAGCCAUGUUUUACGAGAAGUGCUUCAACGAGCUGAGCCUGCCUCAUCAACUCAUGUUUGUCGAGAGGAAACCGAAGGGCUCGGUUGAGGCUACUUUGAGGCGGCCAAAUUUUGGUGGUGCUUACAUCAACCCACCACUAGCUGUACCUGUGCCGUACCUUCCGUCGCUCUCUGAUGCGGCCAAGAUCAUCGGACAAGUCGACACGGUCGUCGUCAACUCCAGUGGCGGAUCUUCUACAUUCACCGGAGAGAAUGCGACCUGGAAAGGCAUUCGAGCGACGCUGAGCCGAGAUUUCGUGCCCUCAGCGUACAGCGGCAGAGCGGCCUUGCUGCUGGCCAGCUCAGGCGCAGAUGCAGCGCCGGCCAUAUUUGCCCUCAAGAGUUUGGGCAUCGGGCCUGUGUACACCAUCGGUUUCAAGAUACAAGGCUCGCUCGCCAUAGGAACGCAGCCGGUGAGGUCUGUGGAAGACGUCAAGGUUCUCGAGCAGCCGUUCGCACUCAUCUCUGCUCUUCCGGCGGAUAAAUCUCUGUCAGUGGGCCCGCUGCUCAAGUACUACAGUGCGAAUGGGAGAAACGGCAACCGCAGUGCGGGUAAGGUCUUUGUAGAUCUUGCGAGCGGGCCCAGGAAGGUCGACUCGCUAGGCGUAGCUGCUUCUCUGGGCUGGACGGCGUAUGGCAUUGCUGAUGUCAGUGCUUGGACUGCAGUCGAGACUAUGAGGUUGCUUGUUGGGCAAAAUGUGCCGUAUGAUUUUGUAAGGCUUGCAUCGGGGCGGAGUUUGUACUGA